AUGACUGCCACUAUAACAGAUAUCGUUUCUGUCAAGAAAGCGCGUUACGUUGGCGCUCAAGCUGCGCAGUACAACACCUAUGUCACGCUGAAGCUGCAGAAUGUGAAGUCGACUACGGUAACGGUGAAAGGCGCCAACCCCUGCUGGGAACAAGACUUCCUGUUCGAGACGAACGACGUGAACACGGGCCUGCUGAUAGAGGCGUGGAGCAAGGGCAUGCUGUGGGACCGCGCGCUCGGCUACCACUGGGUGCCGCUGCCCUCCGUCAAGUACUCCAACGAGGAGGGCACGGGGCAAUGGCUGUCGCUGGAGGCGGAGCUGGUGAUGCGCGACGGGGAGGUGGUGGGCACGAAGAGCCCCACGGGCCACUCGCUGCUCGUCGACUGCCGCUUCGAGCUGCCGUUCGACCCGGAGAACACGGAGGGCGCCGACCUGCAGCGGAAGCUGGAGAUGCUGAACAACAUCAUGGACCAGGAGGCGCGCGCCGAGCAGGCCCGAAGGCAGCUGCAGUACUUCGGCCACUCCGGCUACUCGGAAGACAGCGACUACACGAGCGACCUCAACUACCCGGUGGGCGGGCAGCACGCCAACUCGUCGGCGUCGCAGUUCCGUGCGGCGGCGCACGGCAUGGCGACGCCCGAGAGCAGCCGCGAGAACUCGUACGAGCGCGACGAGCAGCCGCCGCCGUACGGCCCGCCGCGCGCCCAGGGUCGCCACGACGAGGACAUGGAGCCGCUCUCCUACAACAGCAGGCCCCGCGGCUACAAGGAGUACAGACAUAAGAAAGGCUCCUGGGACACAGACGAUAGCCCGGACACAUGGUACAGCGCCAGCAGCUACGUGCAGAGCUACUCGCAGGAGCUGGACGACCGCCUCUACACCGACACCUCCUACUACCGGACCAACAAGCGCUCCAGGGGCACGAGCAACCGACGACCGAGCCUGGAGCGGCAGCCGACCCUGUACGACCCGGACGACCAGUACUUCCCGGAGCCCUACUACGGGGAUACGCACGAGGCCUACAGGGAUUAUGAUCGGAGCUACGGAGUGGACUACUACUCCACCAAUGACAACUACCACUACCAAGACGAAAGGUACGGCCAGGAGGACGAGGACCGUCAGUGGGACUCCGGGGGGUACUACACGACGCCGCGCGACCUGUACGAGAACCGCGUGAACGAGCGGCGGUCGCGCGCAGGAGCAAAACUAUAUGUACAGUGCACGUACAGUGGCUCGACAAAUAUAUAG